CGUGUCCACGCUGGUGGUCCUCCUCAACUGCCUGAGUUUGGGCAUGCUCCAAGCCGGUGACGAGAGGAGCUCCACGUUUCAGGUUGUGGACUCUUUGGUCGUGGCGUUUUUUGUGCUAGAAAUGCUCGUCAAGAUGUUGGCCAAGGGAUGCUUUGGUUACCAGGGCAGUUACCUCGGCAACCGAUGGCACAGGUUGGACCUUUUCAUCAACUGCGGAGUGUUGUUCGGCCACUUUAUGGAAAACGUCAACUUCCACUUCCAAAUCUGCCGGGUGCUCGGACCGAUGCGGCUGGUCAGCAGAGUGACCAGUAUACGGGACGUGUUCGCGGUCCUGAUGGACAUCUUCCCCAUGCUCCUCAACGUUCUCUUCCUCUACCUUUUCGUGGUCCACAUCUUCGGGGUCAUGGGAGUCCAGCUGUGGGCCGGGCUGCUGCGCAACCGCUGCUUCCUGGCGGAGGACGUCCCCGCAGAGUACAAGGCGUCGAUGGCUCCCUACUACACGAGCAUGUACGAUGAUUAUUACCCGUACAUCUGUUCGACCGACGGCAUGAGCGGCAUGAGACGCUGUCACAACCUGCCGCCGUCCGUUGAGAACGGCCAGGCGUGCACUCUGACCCCUCCCGGCGAUGCGCUGGGCCCCCCGGUGGCCAACGCCUGCGUGAACUGGAACACGCUCUACAACAUCUGUCGUGCUGGGGACCUGAACCCGAGCCAUGGGGCCAUCAACUUUGACAACAUUGGCUACGCCUGGAUAGCCAUAUUCCAGGUCAUCACUAUGGAAGGAUGGUCGAACAUCAUGUUUUACGUCAUGGACGCCUAUUCCUUCUGGUGCUUUGUGUUUUUCGUCCUCGUCACCAUUAUGGGCUCCUUUAUCAUGAUGAACGUGUGCGCGGUCGUCAUCGCCACCCAGUUCUCUGACAACCUGGACCAGAUAAAGGAGUGCGACAGGAGAGUCACGGAGGCCGCGUCCAUCUCGGGGGUCUUUUCAAAGUUGACCGGCUGCCUGAAUGGAAUCGGACUCGCCGUCUGCAGUUAUUUACAGGUUUUAACAAAUAGACGUCGUAACCGGGUCCAUCAUAAAGGCGCCGGGACAGAUGACAAGUCGAUCAUGGUUGAAAUCUGCACACCGGUCACCGACUGGUUGCUCAGAGUCGUCAGAAACAAGAUCUUCGACAGAGUGAUCAUUUUCGCCGUUUUCCUCAGCAUCCUCACCAUGGCCGCAGAGCAUCACGACCAGCCGAUGGAGUUGACGAGCGUGUUGCGGAUCAGCAACAACAUCUUGACCGUGGUCUUUGUGGUGGAGAUGGUCUUGAAGCUGGUGGCUCUCAGGUGGCUGUAUUUCAAGGACAACAACAACUUGUUUGACUUUUUCAUCGUCAUCAUCAGCCUGUGGGAGACGAUCACUAAAGUCAGCGGCAGGUUGUCGGUCCUCCGGGUGCUACGGUUUGGGAGGAUGCUCCACUUCUUCCCUCAUCUGAAGAAGCAGCUGCUGGUGCUGAAGAGGGCCAUGGUGGAUGCAGCUCCACUCUGCUUAAUCAUGCUAUUUUUCAUCUUACUUUUCAGUCUCAUCGGCAGGCAGCUGUUUGGAAAGCACUUUGAGUUCAGGACUGUGGACGGAGACCCCGACAGGAAGAACUUCGACACAAUGCUCUGGUCCAUGGUCACUGUGUUCCAGAUUCUGACUGAGGAGGACUGGAACCUGGUGUUAUAUAACAUGAUGGAGGCCACCAGUCCGUGGGCCGCCAUCUACUUUGUGGCGGUCUUAGUGACGGGAAAACACGUGCUUCUGAACGUCCUCGUGGGCAUCGUCAUUCAGGGCUUCCAAGACAGAUCCACCGAGGACGGCCCGUCUGAUCGAGACUCCUCUCAGUCCGCCGGCUCCUCUCCUGCCGACGGGACCCCCGAAGACCCUCCCGAGGAAGGUUCCUUACCUACAAACAAUAAGGACACCAGAUCUCUGAACUGGAUCCAGAAAACACUCCGCUGGUUCAAAGAACAUGAAGACUGGUCGUUCUACAUGUUGUCUCCCCAGAACCGAUUCCGCAUCUUUUGCCAACGUGUGAUUGUUACUAAGAUUUUCAACUACACGGUUUUGGCCUUUAUUGUUCUGAACUGUAUCACCAUCGCUAUGGAGAGGCCUGGAAUAAAACCUGGAAGCACGGAGAAAUUGUUCCUGAAAGUUUCCAGUUACAUAUUCUCUGCUGUCUUCCUGGUCGAGAUGCUUUUCAAGGUUCUGGCUCUGGGUCUGCUGGUCGGGCCCGAGAGCUACUGCCGGUCGGCCUGGAACGUGAUGGACGGCUUGCUGGUGAUUCUUUCUUUCGCCAACAUCCUUGUUUCUCUGGUCAGCAAGGAACACAAAAUGCUGGGCGUCGUGAAAGUGUUGCGCCUGCUCCGCACAUUCCGCCCCCUGAGGGUCAUCAAGCGAGCCCCGAAGCUGAAGCUGGCCGUGGAGGCUCUGAUCGCCGCCGUCAAGCCCAUCGGGAACAUCACGCUCAUAUGCUGCGCCUUCAUCUUUUUCUACGCCAUCCUCGGCGUGCAGUUGUUCAAGGGAAAGUUCGACGUCUGUAUCGGCGAAUUCGUCGAACACAUCACCAACAAGACGGACUGUCUGUCGGCCAACUACCGCUGGGAGAGAAAGUUCUUUAACUUUGACAGCCUGCCGCAGGCUCUGAUGUCGCUGUUCGCGAUGUACUCCAAAGAUAGCUGGGUGCACAUCAUGUACAAUGGACUGGAUGCCGUGGGAGUGGACCAGCAGCCUGUGAUGAACCACAAUGAGUGGGUGCUUUUUUACUUCAUCCCCUUCAUGAUAAUGAGCUUCUUUCUGCUGGACAUGUUCAUCGGCGUGAUGGUGGACACCUUCCACCAGUGUCAGCAGAAGCAGAAGAGGCUAGACGAGGCAGAAGGAACAGCAUUGCAUGUCCGGGGCAGAGCGUCAUACUCGCGCACGCGGCGGUGCGUCCACGCCCUGUGCACGAGCCGCUACCUCGACCUCUUCAUGGCCGCCAUAAUCGGGAUGAGCGUCAUGGUCAUGGCUCUGGAACACUACGGUGAACCUCAGUACAUCACUCAGUUGACCGAGUGUUGCCACUAUGUGUUCACCCUCAUCCUGAUCGGGGAGGUCCUGCUGAAGGUCGUGGCGUUCGGCGGACGCAGGUUCUUGCGAAAUAGUUGGAAUCUGCUGGACCUGGUUGUCGUAUUUGUCUCCGUCUUGGGGAUUGUUGUAACUGAGAUGAAGAUGACGCACACCAUUACCAUCAAUCCCAGCAUCCUCCGAGUCGGCAGAGUCCUCAAACUUGCACAAGUUCUGAAGGCCGAAAAGAUCCGGGUUCUGCUGACAACCGUGAUCAAAACGCUGGCGCAGGUUGGAAACAUAUGUCUCCUUUUCAUAUUUUUUUUCUACGUCUACGCCGCGCUGGGAGUGGAGCUCUUCGGUGAACUCGAAUGCGUGAACAAGGACCUCUGCCGGGGCAUCAACGAACACGUCAACUUCGAGAGCUUUGGAAUUGCCCUGCUCGCUCUGUUCCAGGUUUGCACCGGGGACAAUUGGAGCGUGAUUAUGAAGGACACCAUGACCCAGGAUCGGCAAGACUCUAACUACCUCUUGUGGGUCUCGCCGAUAUUCUUCAUUUCAUUCGUGAUCAUGGCCCAGUUCGUCCUCGUCAACCUGGUGGUAGCUGUGAUUAUGCAGGCCAUGGAGGACAGCAAGGAGGUGAAGGAGGAACGCGUUGCAAAGGACCUGCUCUCGCUCACUCCAGUGGACUCUACCCACCGAGAAGACCGGCUCUAGAUUUCCUAUUCUUUUGGCAAAUCUCUGCACGAGCCUCCUCGUAAAAAAAAAAGAAGCCGGAUUGGAGUCGACGUCGUUGACAGAAUCGGGAUGUUUUCCUCCCAGAGGGAUGCAGGCCAUUUCAAGCUGUGACGAGGAGGAGGGCUCCCGAUAUGUGCGCACACGCACAUAUUUGUCCCAUCUGCUCAUCACUACUUAUCUGCAUGUCCUCAAAAGCUGACAGGGAGAAACUAUAUGCUAUUGCAGUGUUUCUGGUCUGGAAAUGUAUAGAAAAGAGCUGUUUUUCCAAAUGUGUGUUAAAUGAGAUAAAUAAGAUUUAUAUUAGGCUUUUGGAAAAAACAAAACCCUUGUAAAAUAUAACAUUCUCAUCUGUUGUGACCUAAUUAAUGUAUUUUAGGCACCUCACGUUCAAGGUAGACUCAUUAAAUACAUAAAUGAACUCAGUGUUCAGAUAUCUGCCUGCAAAUCCCUGUUGUCGUGGAUA